CUUAUUUAAUGGCUUCGCCAGUUCACCAAGCAAAGGCUUAUAACUUCAACUCUAAUGGUUCCUUGUUUCAGGUUCAUGGCUUGAGCUUCACUUGAAAACAACAACAAAGGACAUGGCUGAUCAUCAGAAAAUUCAUCCCAUGGCUGAUGCUGAAGCUGCAACAUCAAGAGCGCCUUUAGUGCCUCCAGGCUCAGCGACAUCAGAGAAAGAUACCAGUAUUAGGCCACCGGCACAGGCUCCUCCGCAGAGAAUGAUCCCAGUAAUGCAGUUGAACCCACCAAAGAAAAGCAGAAGCUGCUUCUGCAAGUGCUUCUACUGGACAAUUAGCACCCUGGUUCUUCUCAUUAUUAUCAUUGCAGCAGUCAUUGGCAUUCUUUACCUUGCUUUCCAACCAAAAUUGCCCAAAUACUCAGUAGACAGCUUGAAAAUAAGUGAUUUAAGUCUCAACUUGGACUUUUCAUUGUCUGCAAAAUUUGAUGUGAAGAUUACAGCCAACAAUCCGAACAAAAAGAUCGGAAUUUACUACGAAAAAGGAGGGCGAUUAAGUGUUUGGUACACGAAUAUGCAGCUUUGUGAAGGAUCAUUGCCGAUUUUCUACCAGGGUCAUCAGAAUAUAACAAAACUUAAUCUGUCAUUGACAGGCCAAAAUCAAUAUGGUAACACUUUGAUGAAUGCACUGCAGCAACAGCAACAAACAGGGAGAAUUCCUUUGGAUCUUAACGUCAAUGCACCGGUGGCGAUCAAACUUGGCAGGUUGAAGCUCCAGAAAGUCAGAAUUUUGGGGGAAUGCAUGUUGGUUGUUGAUAGUUUAUCUGCUGAUAAUCAGAUUAGUAUCAAAGCCAGUGACUGCAAGUUUAAGUUGAAGCUUUAAUGUUGUCUACAUAUUUGUAUUGUCACGGGGAAUGCUUGUUCUUUUCUCUAUUUCCCAUUCUUGACAUGGGAAGUUCAUUUUUUUUUUCCUUUCUUUUUGGCAUUCUUUAGAUUUCUAUUUUUAUAUAUGUAUUUAUAUGGUGCAUAGAUAUAACUAUUAAUUAUUUUAAUUUAUUUCACUAUAUUUUUAAAAUAAAACGUUGCUUUCUCUUUUUAGCUUCA